AUGGAAAUGCAGGACCUAGCCAGUCCUCAUAAUAACCGUGUGGGAGGUGGAGAUUCCACGGGCUCCAAGCUGGACAAGAACAACCUUGGCAGUCCCUCCAUCACCACCAAUGGAACAGGAGUGAAAACAGAGCCUAUGAACAACAGCGAUACGGUUACUACGACAGGUGACACAGCACUGGACACAUACGCCUGCUCAGUAAUCACCAGCAGCGGAUACAGCCCUCGCUCAGCCCACCAGUACUCUCCUCCCCUUUAUCCAUCAAAGCCCUACCCUCACAUCCUCUCCACACCAGCGGCCCCGCCCAUGCCGACGUACGCUGGCCAACCCCAGUUCAGCAGCAUGCAGCAGUCAACCGUCUACACCGCUUACUCCCAGACAGGACAGGCCUACGGACUGUCCACCUAUGAUCUUGGUGUGAUGCUGCCGGGCAUAAAGACAGAGAGCGGCCUAGCCCAGAGUCAGUCUCCCCUCCAGACAGGCCUCAGUUACAGCCCCAGCUUCACCACGCCUCAGCCCGGACAGACUGCCUACUCACCCUAUCAGAUGCCAGGUUCAAGUUUCACUCCUUCCUCAGGCCUCUACGCCACCAACAACUCAGUGUCCAACCCCGCCAACUACACUGCCACACAGCAGGAUUAUCCCUCAUACACAACGUUUGGCCAAAACCAGUACGCCCAGUAUUAUUCCGCCUCCACUUAUGGGACAUAUAUGACCUCCAACAGCGUGGAUGGUACAGGCUCCACAGCAGCCUACCAGCUGCAAGAUCCCACCCCCGCCAUGACUGGACAGGCUGCUGAACUUCACCCAGGGGACUUUGACACAGUGCAGAGCCCCUCCACCCCCAUCAAAGAGUUGGAUGACCGAGCCUGCCGGAGUGGGGGGUCCAAGUCCCGGGGCAGGGGCCGCAAGAACAACCCCUCCCCUCCUCCUGAUAGUGACCUUGAGAGAGUUUUUGUGUGGGAUCUGGAUGAGACAAUCAUCGUCUUCCAUUCUCUGCUCACGGGGUCCUACGCACAGAAAUAUGGCAAGGACCCUCCUAUGGCAGUAACGCUGGGUCUGAGGAUGGAAGAGAUGAUCUUCAACUUGGCUGACACACAUUUAUUCUUUAAUGAUCUGGAGGAGUGUGAUCAGGUACAUAUUGAUGAUGUGUCAUCAGAUGAUAAUGGGCAGGACUUAAGUACUUACAGUUUUGCAACUGAUGGCUUCCAUGCAGCUGCAACCAGCGCCAACCUGUGCCUGGCUACGGGUGUCCGCGGUGGGGUCGACUGGAUGAGGAAACUGGCCUUCCGCUACCGACGAGUCAAAGAAAUGUAUAGCACAUACAAAAACAAUGUAGGGGGUCUGCUGGGUCCCGCUAAGAGAGACGCCUGGCUGCAGCUCAGAGCAGAGGUGGAGGCCCUGACUGACUCCUGGCUCACUCACGCUCUCAAGUCCCUGUCCAUCAUCAGCUCCAGGAGUAACUGUGUAAAUGUGUUGGUGACCACAACGCAGCUCAUACCAGCGCUGGCUAAAGUUCUCUUAUAUAGUCUGGGUUCUGUUUUCCCCGUUGAGAACAUUUACAGUGCAACAAAAAUAGGCAAAGAGAGCUGUUUUGAGCGUAUAGUCUCCCGCUUUGGCACUAACAUUACAUAUGUUGUGAUUGGCGAUGGGAAGGAUGAAGAGCAUGCCGCCAGCCAGCACAACAUGCCUUUCUGGAGGAUAUCCAGUCACUCUGACCUGCUGGCAUUGCACCAAGCACUGGAGUUUGAGUACCUGUAACUACUAUAGCAAUAUGGACUCAUGCAAUGUUACUAUGGACAUGGUCAGCCAGGCAGCCCCUUUCUUUUGUAUAACUAUUUAAGAACACACCAUACACUGCAAAUGUUUGUGAUUUUUUUUUUUGUCUUGUUUUUUGAACAUCUGGAUUUACAAACUCUAAACGGUCUUAAGAAGCAAGGGAGAAGUGAAAGGAAGUAAAGAAAAGGACAGUGGGGUUGAAAGGCGACUCAACUUCCCAAUGCACCCCUGGCCUCAAAACUUUGGACAGACCUCUAGGAAUACCCAGCCUACUGUCCCCACAGCUGCAGCAGACUGGAGGCCUGUACAGGCUAAAGACCUCUCCUGGCCCGGGAAAUGGGUUUUUGGCCAACUCCUUGAUGUUUGGUUUGUGCUCGGAGCACCCUGGUUACUAUCUGGAGGACUGUUGUGGUUCAUCUUGGAUGAACUAUCUUCACCGAACAGUUAUUUGAGGGCUUUGUACAGGCGGCAAUAUGUGUGUGGGAUUAACAGCUGCUUCUAUUUUUAGGUUUUCUUCCUGGUGGUAUAAUCACAACAAUGCAGUCUGUGGCAGAAACUUGUGUAAAUUAUUUACAAUAAAUUUAAGGGCAGUGGUGGGUGUUUGUCAAUGAAAGAAAAUUACAUUUUUGGGGUCUUUUUUUCUGGAUUUUUGUAUUGUUUUUGGCUG